AAUAUCAUGUAUCAUAAAAUCUGGAUACGUUAAAUACCGUGAUAACACAAACAAUUGCCAGGUAUACCAGUGUCUUCUUUGCAAAGAAUGGAGAGGAUACAUACAUAUGACGAAGAUAAAGUAGUUUUUCAUAACUACGAUGCUUAUGUUUCCAAGGUUCAAAGUUGCCAUAUGACGUCAGUUGCCUCACUUAUUGAGUACUUUAAAGAACCGAUUAUCGAAGACGAGAAUCGUGAAAUAUUCCUUGCGCGUGCAUUCUUCAUGUGGUUGGCGAACAUGGAAACCAAUCUUGUGCACGGACUACCUGAUGACAUCAAUAGCAUUCUUCAAAAAAAUACAGUGCAUGCGUUUGCUGCGCUGUGCGAGUCAGCCAAUAUUCAGCACCAAGUGGUGGAGGGUAUUUCAAAAGGCUUAGGUUAUUUACCAGGCCAUGAUGAAAGCAACAAAGGUAUAAUAAAUUUUUGUUGGAACACAUUCAAGUCAAACGACCGCUGGCACAUUGUUGAUGUUGAUAGAGGUAUCUUUUCAAGAACAGGAUAUUCAAGAGGAGGUGAAAUACUUUUAGAAAGUGAAGGGCAAACACUUCUCAAGGAGACAGAAGAAUCAGUAGGAAAUUGUGUCAUUGAUAUAAACGACUUUUGGUUUUGUCUAAACCCGAGUAUAUAUAUCUUCUAUUCAUUCCCAGAUGAUCCCGAAUGGCAGCUUCUUCCAAUCGCCAAACGCAUAAGCAAAGCAGAAUUCUUUUCAUCACCGCUCUUUCAAGAUUCCUUUUUCAUUGCGAAACUUCAUAUGCUAAGUGAACACACUGGACUUUUGUAUUCCAAAAAUGGUAAAUGUACCAUUUCUUUUGGAGCAAAUAAAGUUGAUACAAGAUACAUGUCUAUGACGUACGGUCUUUCUUUAAAGAAAGAUACAGUUAAUUUGAAUGAGAUCGAUGCACGAGAUUUACCUCUGUUGGUUCUUUAUGCCCCAAGCAUUGACACAUUCACCUUUAAUAUACGAUUUCCUGUGGCAGCAGAAUAUAUCUUUGAAAUAUAUGUGUCAGCUCCGGAUAUAAAAUAUAGUGGUUGUUAUUUGUUUGCGACAUUCAAAAUUAUCUGUUCGCAACCAGAUCCAAAUUGCAAAAAACUUCCUUUGCACACAGGCUCUACUGGAUAUGGGUUCGGAUAUACAGCCAUUGACUUUGGUCUUAAAAACCCGUCUACAUCUUUGCCAAACGUCCAUGUUGAAUGUGGCCAAAAAGAUGAAGUAGAUAUGACCGAACUAACAUUUCAGAUAGACAGCGAUAAGAUUAAUGAAGCCGAAUUUUUAUCUGACAUAGUUGGAGAGGAACACAAUGAAAACGUUGUUACAAAUACACGUGUAGACGAGAUUCAUGGUAAACUUCAUGUGUCAGCUGGAAUGAAGAAACAAGGAGAAUAUGCUUUGUCAAUAAUUGCCAGAGAUAAACGAACAGAUAAAUACUUUGCAAGAAUUGUGAACUAUCUUCUUACAACAAAUUCUACAGAAGAAGAUGAGGAAAUGAAGUUGCAAUUGAAGAAAAGAAAGAAAGAAUUGACACUACAAUCUAAACUGCAAAAACGUCAUGAAAAGAAAGAUUCUCUGACAGCAAAGAUAAAGGACAUAGAACUUGAGAUAGAUAACCUUAAGAACUCAUCUGAUGAAAUAACGGACGAUGUGACAGUCAAAGAAGACAUGAAAAAAAUCAAAUCACCAGCAACAAUGGCGAGUGCAACAGAAGGUGCCAGUAGAAAUUCUUUAAAAGCAGAUGUUUCACAAUCCAAAUCAUGUGUUGUUCUGUAAACGCCUCCUGUAUACAGCUCCUGUAUACAGGGGAAAAGACUUGUUUCUGAGGAGCCAACUUACUUGAUAUUCCUGCAGUGUCAGAAUGAUGCAUUCUAGACCGAUUACUCAGACUUCAUUCUAAAACAAAAUGAGCUGCGCCAUGACAAAACCAACAAAGUUUGUUCGCAAACGCACUAUGUUGGUUUGUCAUAGCGCGACUCAAAUAUUGACAUUAAUUUAUGGUUUAAUUCACAACCAUUUAAGUCUGGAACAUAUACAUGUGAUCACUAGAAGAGUGCUGUGUAUUUCUAAUACUACAACAGUUUCAUGUAGGUGUUUUCAUAUCUAAGCGUUUCAUAAUACAAAACAUUUAAUAGAAGUAGGACACAUCCAAAUGCGAAUGAAUUUAUCAUAAAAAAUUAACGAACACUUCCUUUUUCAGUAAGUCACUAUUACUUAUUCUUUAUAUCUUUACACGCUUUAUCGCAGCACAAUUUCGAUAAUAAUUCCUAUUGAUUUAUCAGAGGGUUUUAUAUAUUCAGUCAAUAUAUUUCUUAAAUUUGUAAUUAAAGAGAAAAGGCUUAAAGUUUGAAGAAAAUGAUGAAACGUAUCAAACUCAAUGGAAUUUUUCUACUUUCUAUAUCAUUUCACAAUAUAAAAUGUAUUA